AUUUCUGGGUGCAGUCCGUUGCAAAAGUCCUUGAUACCAGGGAACCGUUAUGAUGGAUUGGAGGCAACCAGGCCUCCUCCAGUCAUCAUUCAGCGACCGAGAUGGAGUGAAGACAAGAGGAUCACUGCCAGAGCCCUUUACGACUUCCACGCGCAGAACGCGAAAGAAUUGAGCUUCAUGAAAGGAGAUCUGAUUUACGUUGGACGGAGAAUAGACAAGAAUUGGUACGAAGGUGAGAGACAUGCUUCCAGAGGGAUCUUCCCGGUUUCCUACGUUGAACUUAUGAACGGGCCAUGGAUGAAUAAUCCGGGCCAGGCGAUGGCCAAAUACGCUUUCGUGCCUCAACUGCCGAACGAGAUCGGCUUCUCGAAAGGCGGGAAGAUAAAAUUCGAGGAUGAAGCGAAA